CGGCGGCGAGGCCGGGGCAGCGGGAGCGCCGCCGCCGAGGACCAUGAGGAAAUUUAACAUCAGGAAGGUGCUGGACGGCCUGACGGCGGUCUCUGCCGUCGCCUCGGCGUCGUCCGCCGCGCAGCAGCAGCAGGCGGGGAACCGGGAGACCGAAAUCCAGGAGACGCUCCAGUCCGAGCACUUCCAGCUCUGCAAGACUGUACGCCAUGGUUUCCCCUAUCAACCUUCCGCCUUGGCAUUUGAUCCGGUUCAGAAAAUACUGGCCAUUGGGACUCAGACUGGAGCACUGAGGCUCUUUGGUCGGCCAGGAGUUGAAUGCUACUGUCAACACGACAGUGGAGCUGCAGUAAUCCAACUUCAGUUCCUGAUUAAUGAGGGAGCUCUUGUGAGUGCCUUGGCUGAUGACACCUUACACCUGUGGAACCUGCGCCAGAAGAGGCCGGCUAUCCUUCAUUCACUCAAAUUUAACCGGGAACGGAUAACAUUUUGUCACCUGCCUUUCCAAAGCAAAUGGCUAUAUGUGGGCACUGAAAGAGGAAACAUUCACAUUGUCAAUGUGGAAUCAUUUACUCUCUCAGGCUAUGUCAUCAUGUGGAAUAAAGCCAUUGAACUGUCAUCCAAAUCUCACCCAGGACCUGUUGUCCACAUUAGUGACAAUCCAAUGGAUGAAGGAAAGCUUCUGAUUGGCUUUGAAUCUGGAACGGUGGUAUUAUGGGACCUGAAGUCAAAGAAGGCAGAUUACAGAUAUACACAUGAUGAGGCUAUCCACUCUGUGGCUUGGCAUCAUGAAGGAAAGCAAUUCAUUUGUAGUCACUCAGAUGGCACCUUGACCAUAUGGAAUGUAAAAUCUCCUACCAAGCCGUUCCAGACAAUCACUCCACACGGAAAGCAGCUGAAGGAUGGAAAGAAGCCAGAACCCUGUAAACCUAUCCUUAAGGUGGAAUACAAAACAACUAGAGCUGGGGAGCCUUUCAUCAUUCUCUCAGGAGGCUUGUCAUAUGACACUGUAGGAAGAAGACCCUGUUUAACAGUUAUGCAUGGGAAAAGUACUGCUGUGCUAGAAAUGGAUUAUUCUAUUGUUGACUUUCUGACCCUGUGUGAAACACCAUAUCCUAAUGACUUUCAGGAACCAUAUGCUGUAGUUGUUCUCCUAGAAAAGGACUUAGUACUGAUUGACCUUGCACAAAAUGGGUAUCCUAUAUUUGAGAAUCCCUAUCCUUUGACUAUCCAUGAGUCUCCGGUUACCUGUUGUGAAUAUUUCGCUGAUUGUCCUGUGGAUCUCAUACCUGCACUCUAUUCAGUUGGUGCUCGACAGAAGCGUCAGGGUUACAGUAAGAAGGAAUGGCCUAUCAGUGGAGGCAACUGGGGUUUGAUCACUCAGAGCUAUCCAGAGAUAAUUAUUACAGGGCACGCUGAUGGAUCAAUCAAGUUCUGGGAUGCGUCAGCAAUAACGCUGCAAGUACUCUAUAAGCUAAAAACAGCCAAAGUAUUUGAAAAAUCACGGAAUAAAGAUGACAGGCCAAACACAGAUAUAGUAGAUGAAGAUCCAUAUGCUAUUCAGAUCAUCUCAUGGUGUCCAGAAAGUAGAAUGCUGUGCAUAGCUGGAGUUUCUGCACAUGUCAUUAUCUACAGGUUCAGCAAGCAGGAAGUGACAACAGAAGUCAUUCCGAUGCUGGAAGUACGUCUCCUAUAUGAAAUAAAUGAUAUUGAAACUCCAGAUGGUGAGCAGGUGCCACCUGUACCAACUCCAGGCACAGGUUCCAAUCCUCAAUCCAUUGUUCCCCAGUCUCAUCCAUCUACUAGUAGCAGUUCAUCUGAUGGACUUCGUGAUAAUGUCCCGUGUUUAAAAGUUAAAAAUUCUCCUCUCAAGCAGUCCCCAGGCUACCAAAUCGAGCUCGUUAUCCAGCUGGUGUGGGUGAGUGGAGAACCUCCUCAGCAGAUAACCAGCUUAGCUGUCAACUCAGCGUAUGGCCUAGUAGUUUUUGGAAACUGUAAUGGUAUUGCCAUGGUUGAUUACCUCCAGAAGACAGUGCUCUUGAAUCUAGGCACUAUUGAACUGUAUGGCUCCAAUGAUCCCUAUCGCAGGGAGCCACGAUCUCCCCGAAAAUCUCGGCAACCAUCUGGAGCAGGUCUUUGUGAUAUAAAUGAAGGUACGGUGGUGCCGGAAGACCGCUGCAAGUCACCCACGUCAGGUUCUGGUUCACCAAACAAUUCUGAUGAUGAACAAAAAAUGAAUAAUUUUAUAGAAAAGGUGAAGACCAAAAGCAGAAAGUUUUCCAAGAUGGUAACCAAUGACAUAGCAAAGAUGUCCAGGAAGCUAAGUUUGCCAACUGAGUUAAAGCCUGAUUUAGAUGUCAAAGACAACUCUUUCAGUCGCUCCCGGAGUUCUAGUGUAACUAGCAUUGAUAAAGAGUCACGCGAGGCAAUUUCAGCUCUUCAUUUUUGUGAGACUUUCACAAGAAAGGCUGAUACAUCGCCUUCCCCGUGCCUGUGGGUUGGGACCACGCUGGGUACAGUGCUUGUCAUUGUACUGAACUUACCCCCAGGAGGAGAGCAAAGACUUCUUCAGCCAGUAAUUGUUUCUCCUAGUGGAACCAUCCUGAGGCUAAAAGGGGCAAUCUUGAGAAUGGCUUUUUUGGACACCACAGGAUCUUUGGUCCCACCAGCACAUGAACCCUGGAGAGAACACAAUGUUCCUGAAGAUAAAGAUGAAAAAGAGAAAGUGAAAAAGCGACGACCUGUCUCAGUGUCCCCUUCUUCCUCUCAGGAAAUCAGUGAAAACCAAUAUGCAGUGAUAUGUUCAGAAAAGCAAGCAAAAGUUAUCUCACUACCAUCCCAGAACUGUAUUUAUAAGCAAAAUAUAACAGAGACUUCUUUUGUUCUUCGUGGAGAUAUAGUGUCAUUGAGUAACGGUAUCUGCCUUGCAUGUUUCUGUGCCAAUGGACAUAUUAUGACUUUUAGUUUGCCAAGUUUAAGGCCAUUGUUGGAUGUAUAUUACCUGCCGCUCACCAAUAUGCGGAUAGCCAGAACAUUCUGCUUCACCAAUAAUGGACAAGCACUCUAUCUUGUCUCACCAACUGAAAUACAGAGGCUCACCUACAGCCAAGAAACAUGUGAAAAUCUUCAGGAAAUGCUGGGUGAGCUCUUCACUCCUGUAGAAACACCAGAAGCACCAAACAGGGGUUUCUUUAAAGGCCUGUUCGGAGGUGGGGCACAGUCACUUGACAGAGAAGAACUCUUUGGAGAAUCAGUAUCUGGGAAGGCAUCAAGGAGUCUUGCCCAGCAUAUUCCAGGACCUGGGGGUAUCGAAGGUGUCAAAGGAGCAGCAUCUGGUGUAGUUGGUGAACUGGCACGAGCCCGGUUGGCACUGGAUGAAAGAGGACAGAAAUUGGGAGAACUGGAAGAAAAAACUGCAGCUAUGCUUUACAGUGCUGAUUCUUUCUCAAAACACGCUCAUGAGAUGAUGUUGAAGUACAAAGACAAGAAGUGGUACCAAUUCUGAUGACUCUCAUCAAUCACAUCUGUUUAAUUUUGUCCUGAUGAAAAAAAAAUCUUGUUUUUUCAUUAAUUUUGGCAGGACCACUGAAAUUUGAAGGAGUAUUCACCAUUGGAUACUGUUGUUUCCUAGCACAAAUGACACACUGUUUUACCUCAGUCCUGGCUUUAACUGAGGAGCUACAUAUCUAAGAAACACACACACAAAAAAAAGAAACUUGAGUGUUUCUUAGCUGUUGGUUAGCAAAAAGUUGGAACAGAGAAGGUAACUGGAACACGUGGAAAAGAGAGUAAAGGGAAAUCGUGGUGAGAUGGGCAGGGGCAAUGCAGGGUCAAUCCUGUGUUAAUAUUUCAUAUGCCAAAAGUUUUUGUGCUAUUGUAAUUGCUGCCAGUGUUAUACCCUCCUGUAAAGGAGAGGCAAUAAAUCAGGGGUCCAAGAGCUGGAAUCAAGUUGUUUGUCUUGCUGGACAGUAGCUGACUUACAAUUACCCUCUCUAGGACUCGCUAUAUUUACCAUUAUUGUUGAAGAAGAGUUGAAGUUUGCUGUCACUUCUUUCAUUUGAAAAGCUGGAAGCUUGGAAGAUUUCUUAUUGAAAAUUGUAUACAUAGUUGAUCUGUGCAUAGUCUUUUCUUGGACCCCUGAUCUAGUAUUCUUGUAUUCACAUCAUAUUCUGUGACGUGCAAAACAAAAGAAUACGUAAUUUUUGCAUUAAAAAGUCAAGUGAAUAAUA